GUGUGAGAUAGCGCAAAACGAAUCCGGAAUAAUCGCAGUGAUUAAGUUUUGAAGGAAUUCUGCAAAUUAAUGCAAAUUUUUGGCGAAAAAAAGAAUAAAAAUAUAGCGAUGCAUCAGGAAAAAAUUACAUCCAUCAUAAUACGUUGUACAAAGGCUAUUUAAGCAUGAAAAGUGUGCAUGUUCUGAAUGCAUUGUAGUGCAUAUCUGUCUGGAAUACAUAUUCUUUGGAUGACAAGAUUAUCGCUAAUCCGUGGAUUACCUGGGAGGGUGAACUUUGAGUCGGUAUUGAUGGCACUAUCUUAUUCGCAGACAAUAGCUGUUGAACGCGAGACGAAGUAGCUGGCAUCUGUCCACGACGAAGGAACUACAUCACGAGAGAUUAACACUUUAAUAUAUAUAUCUUAUAUGUUGAUUCUUUUAAAAACUAUUAUCCCUUGAGUGAAAUGUUUAAUUCUUAAGAUGUCGUAGUGAAUCUUGACACAUUUUAUUGGAGGGGCUCAUUAAUGAAAAACAAAUUGUCGUGGAUGAUAUAUCUCAAUUUCAGCCCUGUAUACACUUCGAUUAUAACUGUGGAUUGCAAUACCAGUGAUUUAGUAGAAAAGGCUUUUGAGAUUUUGUAAUGAAAGUAUUUAAAACUGUGAGCGGGGCUACGGAUUUAGCUGAUGCAUUGACUGUAAGGCAUCGUUUCACCUGCUAUGUCAAUGUUGGAGAUGCUUGUAUCCAGGGAAACGAUAGAUGGCGCUAAAGAAGCAGGGGCCAAGAACCAUAACUUAGUGUUUCCGGAGAUGACAGAGCAAGGGAUUCUCAGAUUUUGAAUUUUGGAUUAUACUUUGGUGAUGUGAAAAGAAUAUUUUACUGGACCUAUGAUUAAUAUUUUCUCGAGGAAGUAUUUUGAUCUUGGAAAGUUACAAAAGAUGAAGGACUGUUUAAUUAAUAACUUAUUAUAUAAUAGGUGACAAAAAAGUGUUCCUUUCACAAAUGAAAAAGAAAACUGGCUUCUCUCAUCAUUAGCAGAAUAUGGCCAAACUGACACUGCAAAUUUUAUCAGUGAUGCAGAUACUGUUAUUUCUACCUCCGGUGCCUGGAGAGCGAUUUUUCCAAUUUCGAGAUCAUUCGGAUCAAAAUAAAUACAACCGUGAACAACAUAGGACAUUAAUUCACAAUAGGAAAGAGGCGGAGAUUCAGCUUGAAAAAUAUGGUUACUUAAAAUGUCGAGUUUUAAGAAGGCGUCGGUCAGCGUUAAUGGACGUGGUUAUGGAGGGAAUGCACCCUCUGUCGGAUAAAGAGGUGGAGGAAGAUCUUCCAUUGUGUAGUGCUUCUCAAGUCAAUACGGCCAUCAGAGACUACCAAAUCAAAUACAAACUUCCGGUCACAGGAAUUUUAGAUGACGUCACAAGAAAAUUCAUGAGUACGUCACGCUGUGGUAACGCUGAUAAAGAUUCUCCGGAAGAGCAUGCGUUUCCGGAUGUUUUAGAAGAAAGUGACGAUAACUUGUAUGAUUCCAAUUCUCAAACUUCAUUAACAGAGCCCGUCAACAGGCGGCGCUGGCGUCGACACGCUGCCCAGACGAGGCUAAUGAAUGUUCUUACUAGUGAUUCCGUUCGAAAUAAAAAUAUGUUACGACGGACGAAAUAUAUUAAAGAAUAUGCUGAAAAAUACAAAAAUGAUCUGUUGAUACCAUAUACUGUAGAAGAACGACAAAAACGUUCAAUUAUAGCAACUAUUAGAAAUAAUUCUUUAAACGGUGAACCCGUUUGGGAUGGACAGAAAUUCACGAAGAACUAUAUUCGGUGGCGGAUGUUGAGGGAUGGGUUCAGUACCCGGAUUCCGGUGGAAGAGCAGAGAGCGAGCCUCCGUCUGGCAUUUAGAAUGUGGAGCGAAGUGAUACCGAUUAUAUUCGAGGAAGAUGUUACAGGGGAUAUUAACAGUGUCGACAUUGAGAUUGCUUUUGGAAGAGGUCCACAUCAAAAUUGCGGCCGGAAGUUUGACGGACAUGGCGGUGAGAUCGCCCAUUCCUGGAGCGGAAGGAAUGUCCAUUUUGAUGACGAGGAAGAUUACAAGUCCAUUGACACGAUCUCUAAGGACGGGAUCUACCUACUGCGCGUGGCGGUGCACGAGAUCGGGCACGUGCUGGGACUGGCCCAUACCGACAAAGGGUAUUCCAUUAUGUACGCCAUUUACCACCAAAACGUGGUGCCGUCAGCAGGAUUCGAACUCGGAUGGGAGGACCGGAAGUCUGUGCAGAAGAUCUAUGGUGUUUGUAAGGGACGAUUUAAUACAAUCUUCGACUGGGUACGAAAGAAGCCAGAUAGCACUUUUAUCUACAAUACGUACAUCUUCCGAAAGAAUCACUACUGGAUGUACGAAAAUCACGCCAAUAGAACCAGAUAUGGCGACCCCUUAUAUGUGGCCCAAGAAUGGAAAGGAGUUCCGAAUUUUGUGGAUGGUUAUGCGCAUGUCUGGUACUACUCCGGAAAACUCAUCACCGAUUCAGCGUAUUUUUUUAAAGGCGAACAUUAUUACAAAUACGAUAGUGAGAACGACCAGGUAUAUGACGGAUGGCCCCGACUAAUUACGGAAGACUUCGGACCGAGGCCAGGAGAAACAGAGGGUAUUCCCCCAAAUAUUGACACUGUGUACUUUGACAUGCGAGACAGAAAUCUUUACUUCUUCAAAGGCGACAUGGUUUAUGUAUAUGACCCAAAAGGUGAAGAUCAAACAAAAGGCUGCUGCGUGCGCAAGCGGAAAAUAUGGGAGGAAUUUCCGCCUGCAGAUAAAGAAGAUCCGCUGCCCAGCGACUUGGACGCUGUUUACUUCUCAUAUAACGAUAAAAAAGUUUAUUUCCUAAAGGAUGAGGUUGUUUGGGAAAAUAUUUUAUUCAACCCGAGGCAAAAACAAAUAAGAAACUCUGUGAAAAAAAUUGGACCUUGGUACCAGAAAUGGUAUGACGUCUGUGACGUAAGGAAAAUGGAUGCCCCACCCGACGGAACUGAGAAAACGUAGGACUUAGCUCAAAUCUACUCAUCGUAUGAGUGAUUAUUUAUUUUUACCUACUUUUGCUUAGGAAAGACAAGUCUUGCUUUCUCCCCGUGCGAUGAAAACUGAAUCUUGCAAUUGGAUCGUGCUCCGUGUCAGCGCUGAAGUUACUAUGCAAUGAUUUUUGUUCCACUUUAUUGUAGGCAGUAAUUAAACUUCCCGCAGUCUGAUUGGCUAGUAGAGAAUAUUCCUCUCACUUUGAUUGGUUGACGAGGUAUAUUCUUCGACAUGUAACCCGAUUAUUGAUUGGGUAUAUAGUCCUUAGCCUAACAAGUCCGAGCUCUGAUUGGUUGGUAAGGGUAUAUCCAUCAAUUCAAUAUCUUCCCAUUAACCAUAACCUAUAAAAAAGAAAAUAUUUGCAGGUUUAUUUGUCAGCUUGUUUUUUUUAAUUAGUAUUUUGAAAUUUCCUUUCCCCAGUUAUAUGUAUUUCUCGCAAAAAAAAAAGUUGGGCGGGCAUUAAUUGUGAGAUGCAUUGGGCUAAAUAAUGAUGAGAAACAACUGAAGCUUGUUUUUGCUCCUGUGGAAUGAACUUAAAUGCAAAAGACAAGUUUUUGUGAAAAGGACGUGUUCUGUGGUGAAGGAAGAGACGAGAUUUUAUUGUUCUUGCGCUCUGUUUAGUAUCCAUGAUACUAUUGUGAUAUAUUUAUUAAAAAGACUACUAUUUAUGUACAACACAUUCCCAAGUUGUUUUAAAACCUCUUCUGUUGUAAAUUACAUGUAAAAAAAACUCGUUUAAGCAAUCAUCAGCUGUAUAUUGUUUAAGAAAUCAUAGCUUUUGAACUGUGUUUGUAAUUAUGUGUACUACGUCAUCAGUUUUUAGCCCUGGCAUCACAGGUCUAAGGACUAAUGUACAUCAAUAUAGCUUGCAAAGAGAUUUAAUGUCUUUACAUACAUUUUAGAUGUAUAUUUGGAAUUGCAAUUUUAUGCAAUCUAAAUGAAAUCAAAGUUAUUUUCAAUCAAUAUUUAUUAUUUAAGAAUAUGACAUAGGUGUUCCAAAUAGGAAUCUAACAGGAAGGGCAUAUGGGGGGUUUGUGAUGAAGUUCACAAUCAUGUUUGAUUAAUAUAGGAAUGCAAAAUCUUUAUUUUUUUUUUAUAACAACAGAAUAUACAACUUUGAGAAGAAUAGAUUUUAAUGAAAUUUUUAGAAAAUCAAACAAAUUUUAUUGAAAUUUUGUUUUUUAAUCAGAAAGUGAACAUACGAAGAUUUGUAGCAAAACAAAACUCCGUUCUGUGGCUCUGCAAUAUACAUUUCAUGCUAUAUGGCGUCGUUAAAAAUCAUUACAUAUCAAAUGACGUCAUACACAUAAAUAUAUGACAUCUGCAUAUGUUGCUUUGUACUAUUUAUAAAAUUGUUUCUUGUAACCUUGACCCAGUUGUUAAUUAUUGUCCUCGUUGUCUCUUUUUGUUGCAAGAUGACCUAAUUGUUGUAACCUGUUACUUAACGCCGCCAGAUGACGAUGACGUCAUCUUGGAUAUUUAUGCAUAAUGUUAUGUUUUGAGAUUUUAAUUUUGGUAUAUCUUAUAUUUCACGUGUUUUUAAUUUAUUAUUUUUUGCCAUCUUGAUAUGACUGUUUCCCAGGAGUAUGUGCAAAAUGUCGAUUUACUGGGUUCUUUUGGAAGAUAUUCAUCUUUUGAUGGAAUUCAGUAAACAGAAUGAAUGAGAGAAAAUGAAAGAUGAAAGAGUGUUGGUAUUAAUUUUGUUAAACACAGAUCCUUUUUAAAUCAGCUUGAUGGAUCAUUGGUGAUAUAAAAUUUAAUACAACAA